CGGCCUGGCGGCGGCGGACGCGGCCGGGGCGGACGCGCAGCGGAGCCGGAGCUGGAGCUCUGCUGGCCCCGUGGCAGUGUGCCUGGUAUGGGUAAUGGUGUGAGAGAAGGUCCAGUGGAAUUCCAGAGGGAUGUGGAGCCCGUCCCAGCCCGAAUUCCUGCAGAGGAUAACCAGGAGAAGAAGAAAGUGCUGAACUCGCUGAUGUCCGGGGCUCUGGCUGGGGCUGUGGCUAAAACUGCAGUGGCUCCUCUGGACAGGACAAAAAUCAUGUUCCAAGUGUCUUCAAAAAGAUUUUCUGCCAAGGAAGCGUACAGGCUGAUCUAUCGCACCUACCUCAACGAGGGCUUCUGGAGCCUCUGGAGAGGGAACUCGGCCACCAUGGUGCGGGUGAUCCCCUACGCCGCCAUCCAGUUCUGCGCCCACGAGGAGUACAAGCAGAUCCUGGGCAACUACUACGGAUUCCAGGGAAAGGCACUGACGCCUUUCCCUCGCUUCAUUGCCGGCUCCCUGGCUGGCACCACGGCCGCCAUGCUCACCUACCCCCUGGACAUGGUCCGUGCCCGCAUGGCUGUCACACCCAAGGAGAUGUACAGCAGCAUUGUCCACGUCUUCAUCCGGAUAUCCCGCGAGGAGGGGCUGAAAACCUUGUACAGGGGCUUCACACCCACCAUCCUGGGCGUCAUCCCCUACGCUGGCCUCAGCUUCUUCACCUACGAGACGCUGAAGAAAGUGCACGCAGAGCACAGCGGGAAGGCGCAGCCCUCGCCCCCGGAGCGGCUGCUGUUCGGGGCGUGCGCCGGCCUCAUCGGGCAGUCGGCCUCGUACCCGCUGGACGUGGUGCGGCGCCGCAUGCAGACGGCCGGCGUGCUGGGCCACACCUACAGCUCCAUCCUGCUCACCAUGCAGGACAUCGUCCGCGAGGAGGGACUCGUCAGGGGCCUGUACAAAGGGCUCAGCAUGAACUGGGUGAAGGGCCCCAUCGCCGUGGGCAUCAGCUUCACCACCUUCGACCUGACGCAGAUCCUGCUCCGCAAGCUGCAGCACGGCCCCGGCCUCGAGAGGUAGUGGCUUCCUGUAGAGAGAGCAGUUCUUUCUUCCCUGGCCUCCCACGUGCUCCUGCAGCUGGGAACUCGCCCGUUUGUUGGGUUUUUUUUCUUCCUGUUGUUCCCAGAUUGUUUUGGUUUUUUUUUCCCUUUUUAAUUUGGAAGCCUAACCGUUCCCUAAGUGAAAAAUUCCCCAUCCUGCAGAGCUGAGUGCUCCAAAGCAGCUGCCUCAGCCUUCUGAUGGACUCUGCCCCCAGGAGUGGAGCCUCCCCCUCACCUGUGCUGCUCCUGGCUCCUCACCUGGCUCUGCGUGGGCAGAUGGAGGCGGUGGAUGAUGGCACAGGGGGCUCGGAGCUGUUGGGAAGGAACCCCUGGAUCUGGGAAGGGGCAGUUUUGUAGCUCCCUGCAUUCUGCCAAGUGCAAUAUCCCGCUGUAGUCCGUAGGGAAUUCCAGAUUCCCCGAGCUGUGAGAGCAGGGCAGAGCAGGCCCAGGACGCUACACUUGUUCUGAAAGCUGAAUGUUUCCUCUGGCUGGGAGUGCUGCCCUUUCCCCGUGGAUUUCCUUGCUUUUGGGUCGAGCUGCGUCGUUUGUGGUGUCCCUCUGAGAUUACCAAAGACUGGAGGCAGCAGAGGAGGGGAGUUCUGAGCCCUUGCACAAAGGAAGUCUUCCUCUGUGUGCUGUCGGUGUCGCCGAGCAAGCGCCGUGCCUGCAUUCCCAGACUGGAUGCGCUCCAGCUGAUUUGUGUUUUCCUUCUGUGCCGCCCUGCCCUGGAGAGAGGCACCGAGGGAGGAGGUGUCCCAUCCUCCAAACCCCCCCGGAUGUUUGUGAUCGAACAAACCCUGCUGCAGCCUGGGCUGUCCCCAAACAAAGCUGGGCCCGCUCAGGGCCUCCUGGUUGUCCCUUCUGGUACCUGCUGUGUAGGUCCUGGCCCCUCUGCUCACUGACUCGUCCCCUCAGCUGCUUCAGCCCUAAAAUAAAUCCCCCUUGGAGUUCAACCCUUGUGGGCGCCACGGCGUUGGCCCUGCAGUGCCAACCGCUUCCAGCUGGGGUUCCAGAAUCUCUCGGUGUUCCUCUUUCCAAUCAGUUUUCAGGGAAAUGCAGAUUUUUUUGUUUUGUUUUGUUUUGGUGGGGUGAUCCAUCCCUCUGUUAAAUUCAGAGGUCAGAGCAGACUUCAGGCUCCUCUGCUGGAAGAUUACACAAACCAAGGUGGGAAAAAUCCCUUUCCAGAGAGUCCAUAAUGUAAGAAAAAGAUAAGAUUUACCUUCAAACCUGUCCUUUCCGGGUGGUUCUGUACUUUAGCUGUUGUAGCUGGAUGGGAUGGGUGGGAGUGGAAGGAAUUGCACAAGGGGGCAGGAGCAGCCUUCUCCUUUCUUUUUUUUGUCUUUGCACUUCUUGGGAGCACGGAGCUGCUCCUGAUGCCAAAUAUUUCCUUAGGAAUCAGGGGAUGUGGCAGUGGCACUGGAGUGUGGGCACACAGAGUGUUCCCAGCGCUGCAAGGGGCAGACUGGAACUGGGAUUUAUCCUCAGCAAUUCCGAUUUCCCCGGGAAUUAAAGAUCCCUGGGCUUUUGGGAGGUGGUGGCCACCAAUUCUGUGUCAUGUUUUUGGGGGUGGAAAACUCCCAGCUCUGCUUUGCUCUGCUCAGCACCCCCCAUUUCUUUUCUCCAAUGGAGAAGCCAAUUUACCCUGCUCUAGUCCUGAUCCAGAGGGAGGAAUUCCCAGCAGUGUUUAUGUCCUGUCCCUUCUCGUCCCCUCCCAGCUGGGAAAAGCAGGAAUUCCGGGAGCCUGGGGCUGCUGACAAGUCCUCCUUUAAUUAGCAGCUGCACCUGAUUGAAAUUCGGAAUUUCAGCCAAUUUCCUCACGAGUUUUGCAGGCUGGGUGUUUGUCCAGGGGCAGAUCCUUGAGUUCAGCCUCUGAUGGUUUUGGUGCUUUUGUUUCUCAGAGCCUGUUGCUGCUUUGGGUUGGUUUAAAAAGCUUUUUUUUUCCCUUUUUUUU